CUCACCACAUGGUCUUCAGGACCCUGGGAAACCUGGCCUCUCGUUACGCACUCAAGUGCAUCCCAUUUUUGUCCCUGACCUUUGUGUAUAUAAGGGUGAUGCUCAAGGUGCCCAUGAUAAGCCACAUGAAAGAAGAAAUAUGUUAUGUCAUGGAAAAUUUCUGCACGGCGAUAAACUAUUACUACAAAAACUGGAGAGCCUGUUCGUUCCCAAGAGAGACCGAGUCCCAGCUCUGUAGUCCUGUCGUUCCCAUCUACCAUUGUCUGAUUGGUGACUGGCUGCAUGAUGAGGAAAUGAAAGUCAAGGAGGCCUCUGUGAAAGCUCAGUGGCCAAUGUUGGGAGUUUUGGUUCGCCGUAGAGAACAGCAAGAGGAAAUCAUCCGGAACAUCCCAAAGGUUCUCCUUGAGAGCAGGAUUCUCGACUCUUUCUUCGUAGCCAAAAGGCUCAGUCUUUUCCUGGACGUCUGUGAGGAAUGUAAACCCCACAUUCCCAAGAAGAUAUUCCAGACUCUUUGUGACUUCGUGUUCAAGCAGAUUCUACCACUCAGCACUCCAGUCCAACAAGUGAAGAAGUCCCCAAAGACUGUGGAGCGGUUCACACAUCCCAGCUGGAAACCUGAAAUCCAAAUGACUAUAGUGGAAACAAAGGCUAAGAAAGAAGGGUCAGCUACAUGUGAUCUGUCCUAUUAUAGAGAUCGACAGCUGUGCAAAGAUCAUUGCAAUAUCCUUAUGGAUGCUUUUGGCCACUUAGUCUGCUGCUGCCCUGCUGAAGCAUUGGAUUUCUUGCAGACCCAAAUGAAGAAUGAUGCUGAAGAGAUCCGUGUAGAAUUUUUAAGGAACUUGAAAAUGAUUGUUGGCAGGGAUGAGCCAAGUUCAACAAGAAACUGGAAGCGCCCAGUUGUGGAAGCUGUGAAAUGCCUUAUAGAUGAUCACCGUGAAACAGUAAGGAGAGCAACCCUGUGCUUUAUUAAGGAGCUUCUUCGCUCUCAAAGCGUGGAGGGCUGUGCCGUGUGGGACAUGGUUGCCUACAUCUUCAAGCAGUUCACUAUGCCUGUCAGCCAGCUGGGGAAAGACCUUUUUGCUGACCAAAAAGAAAGAGAAAAGGAAGAACUCAUUCAGGAUCUUUGUAUUGAUGCCUUGGAGCAUCUCAACACUUCUGCUGAAGGGAUGAGUAAAGCUCUUUGGCCAAAGCUGCUUCUCUUUGUGGUGCCAGCACCAUACACACCGACUUUGAUCCCCCUCUGCAGAUGUUUGAAGGAACUGGCCACUAUUCGGCAGGAUGAAUCAAUCCUUUUCCUUGGCUCUUGCAAAGGAGUGAAUCUUCCAAGCGCUCAAGGAGUAGUGGCAAGGCUUCUGGUCUUGGCCUCCAAUCCCAUCCAGAGAGGAAGAUGGGCCUUGCAGCUUUUACACUCCUUGCACAGCAACAUCCAUACAGCCGUCAGGAAGCUGUGGGCCAAACAAGUCCCCUCCCUUUGGGAGUCCUUCCAAGCAGAAAGCCCAGAGGUCAGCAGUCCUGAAUGGGAGCAGAAGCUGCUGCAAUUUCUCAGAAGAUCCCUGGAAACCAUUGACGAUAACACUUGGACCCAGAACUUGAGCAGAGAACUGGAAAAUCAGAUGACCAGCUACUCCGAUCAGUCAAUUGAAAAGAGCUUCCUAUACAAAGCUUUAGGAGUUUCACUAGCAAGUUGUGAGGACCUGAACUUUGUUCAAGAGCGGAUGCAGCAUUUGGUCAAAAGUGCCAAUUAUAUGGAAGCAUCAGACAGAGAGAAAGUCAUCCAGAUCCUUUCCUUUUCUGCCAAGAGCCACUUUGACCUGACUCUGGACACACUGCAUGAGUUUGGAGCUGGAAUGGAUCUGAAAAUUCAGGUGUCUGAUAUCAUCAGUCGCUAUAAGGACUACCAAAGAGGCAGACGAGGGUACCUCCACCAAACGCUGAUACUCACAUAUGGCAAAGUGGCUCUCCGAGCUCCCAAGGAACUCCUGUUCUCUCGCUUGGAGAAUGACCUUGUGAAACGAGUCCUUCACCAUUACCACAAGAGCUGCCAGGUGCUGGGUGUCAGCAUUGAAAACAAGGACAUAAACCUCAAACUGGCCUUUGUUCAAAGCAUGAUAGAUAUAUCCCAAGCCAUCCAUGAAACCCAGGACUUCCAGAACUUCCAAUUGACUUGCAAAAAAGAACUACUAAAUAUCUUGUUGGAUUUCAUCAAGGAAGAGCCCUUGGAUUCACUGGAGACACCACUUCGUCCAAAAUCCAUCACUGCUAUUGCAAUCCUGAGCAAAGUGAAGCCUCCUUUAAGCAUUGAGGACAUCCGCACUGUCAUGGACCAAAGCAUCAAAAGUUUGUUCCCCCUCCCUCCCUUGGAGCAAAUGAAAGAGAAAGAGGAGGCAGAAAGAGAUGCUCAAGACAUUGAGGACUUGUAUACUUGCUCUAUGAAUGCCUUUGCAGAUCUUGUGAAGAACAUCAUUGAGGAAAACCCAACAUCAGAGCUGAUGGAUGAAAUGUUCCAGUUGAUAGAUCCUUGGUUUACAGAACAAGAAUGCAGCAGAGAGAGGGCUCUGCAGGCCAGCUUCCAAGCACUUGCUGCUUUCCAAGAGAACUCCCAUCUUCCCGAUGGAGAAAACUUUCCACAAUUUGGGUCUCGGGUUGCUUUCCUAGCCCCAUACACCUGUGACAAUUCCAUUCAGUGCCGUCAGUGGGCAGCCCAAUGCAUCACCUGCCUGAUGUACAUACAAGCUAAGUCAAGAGUCACAUAUGCAGACGAAAAAGAAAUAUUCUCUGCCUACAUUGACCUACAAGGCGACGUCUCCAGCGAUCUCUUUAAGGCAUCCACCAGAAUGGCCAAGGUGGUCAGUGCCUACCUCCCAUCUGAUCAAGCCCUGGACUUCAUAGAGGCCAUCCUGGAAGAUCUUGUAUCUGGAAACCAAAUGUGUGCCACUGCUGCUGGCCACUGGCUGCUAACCAUCCUCCAAGACUGUGGUAAUAUGUUGGAAUCCCAGAUAUCUGAAAUCCUAGAUGUAUUUUACAGCCGCUUGCCUACCAUCAAACAGGAUGAUUUGCAGUGUGUCCUGGUGGAUGCUGUGUCCAUUGUCGCUCACUAUCAUCUGGAUGCUGUGUUCAACACCCUCCUCUGCCGGCGUCUUCCAAUGGACAGUGAGACUGGUGAACUCUGGAGGUCUCUAGGUCGAGACCCUGCCCUGGUUUCGUUGAUCCUUCACAAACUAGCAGCCCUGGUAACACAGCCCUCAAAUGUCAAAGCCGCUUCGUACUCGGGCAGCGAAGAGAGUGAGGAAUUUGCUGAGGAAGAACCUCUCAAAGCCACAUGUGCCAUCUAUGAAAUUCUCUCUGUGCUGCAAGAUGAAAAGGUCCUCCAGGAGGUGUUCCCAGACUUGCUUUAUGCUCUCUUGUGGCAGGUCAGCAAAACCCUGGGGCAGAAGAUGCCCUCUUAUGAGGGCCGCCGGAGGCUCUUCCGAAGAGAACAGCGCGUAUCAGAAGGCAACCCUUGCAGACUUUCUGUGGCAAGCCUGAAGGCUCUGAUUUUGAAGCUUAUCUGUGAUCCAUCACUAGCAGAAAUUGGUGAGGUGAAUAUCUGGGCAUUACUCAGAGAUCCUAGAACCCACCAGGAGGGUGUUUGUGUGCUGACCAGGUGCCUGUUUCAGAAUAGACUCCUCAGCCCCAAGGUCAUCCAAAAUGUCCUCCCCUGGAUGAAUUCAGGAUCUGAAAAGCUUAGGCUAACAGGAACUGCCUUCUUUACUGAGGUGAUUCAGGAUCCCAAGUUAAGAGAAAGGGAGCAGCUGAAAUAUCUCCUUCCCAUCCUACUAGAAAGAGCAGGAGACCAACACCCAGGCACCCGCCGGAUGGCACUCAAAGGUCUUGGCAACAUUCUCCUUGUGGCGCCUGACAAGGUGAAAAAACAGAAGAAGACCAUUGUAGCAAUUCUCCUGGGUGCUUUGUAUGAUGCCAAGGUGGUACUUGAGAGUCUGGAGGUGCUCGCCUUGGUUCUUCCUCAGCUGAAAAGGAAGGAUGUGAGCUUUCUCUUUAAAGACAUCACCUUGAAGACUAUAACCUACCUGUCUGAUGACAAUGCUGAUCUCCGCAAGGCUGCACUACACCUCUUUGGCAUCCUGGCGGACUGGACAAAGCUCAGAUACAAAAGAUUUUUUGCUGAGCAAGUCAAAAAGAGUUUGGUGCCGCUCCUCAUUCACCAACGUGACCCCAGCGCCAAGGUCUCUGAGGCCUGCAGAGCUGCUUUUCUGAAGUGUGUGAGGUUUUGGGCAAAAAAGAAGCUAAGAGUCUAUAUUGAAGAACUUUACCAUGUUACCAACCUGAACCCCGUGAAUCUUCAAGGCCAUAUAUGUGUGCAACUGGUUAAUAUCAACCCAGAGUUGAGGGGAGAGCUGCUGAGAAAGACGUUGACAUAUUUCCAAAGCAGCUGGGAAGAACUGCAAACAAGAGCGCUGGAAAUGUCAGGAGUUAUCCUGGAAAGCAUGCAGAUAACAGAUCUAGAUGAAGCAACUUGGCAGCUUCUGCUGAAAGCGCUUGAGAAGCUUCAGAAGAGGCCCAGCGAAGACCUUCAACAGGCAGCUGCUGAUUUGGUGACUUAUGUCAUCAACAAGUGGGGAGAGCUACCCGAAAGAAAGGAAGCCCCUGCCAGUGAAAGCAGCAGAAGCCAAGACCCUGUCCCCUACGCUACAUCCCAGCCUGACACCGCCUUAGAAAGUUUGUCAGUUCAAGCACUGUAUGAGUAAUCGCUUUCCAGCUGGAGCCAUGGUUUUGCCACACCAGAGAAGACAGAAGACCUUUACAUCAGCAUAAAGUGCCUUGCCACCCUCCAGAAUGGCAAAAGCAACAAUCUUCCCACCUAUCACCAGUACUCUUAAGAUCGAUUCG